AUGAGCAUGAAGAUUAGACCAGCAACGCAUGCCGGAUCAUGGUACCCUGACGAAACGGGGCUAUUGAACACCUUACACAAGUUGCUUGCGCGUAACGAUGUGGUUGCCGGGACAAGGCACUUGAUUUCGCCGCAUGCUGGGUAUACGUAUUGCGGCGACACUAUGUCACAGGGCUACUCGAAGGUUGAUUUUACGAAUGUGAAGCGAUGCAUCAUCAUGGGGCCAUCGCACCAUGUCUACUUCAAGAACAAGGUGCAGUUGAGUGGGUUUGAUGCGCUUGAGACUCCGUUUGGGCAUUUCCCAGUGGACGUCAAGUUGCGGGAUGAGCUGGUGAAAGGGGGAUCCGAAUCCGAAUCCGAAUCCUGGUCCCGGUACUUCACCGUGAUGGAUAGCGACGUUGAUAUGGACGAGCACUCGUUGGAGAUGCAGUUCCCAAUGCUAUGGGCAGCUGCGACGUUACGGGGCGCGGAUCCGUCCAAGAUUGCGGUGUUACCGAUUCUUGUGUCGCACAAUUCGAGCAAAGUCGAUGCUGUUGUGGGCAAAGUGUUGGCCCGGUACUUGGCUGAUGAGAGCACGAUGGUGAUCUUGAGCAGCGAUUUCUGCCAUUGGGGCCGUAGGUUCGGCUACACGCGGGUGAUGAAGUCUGAGGGUCCCAUUUACAAGAGCAUUGAAAAGAUGGACCACGAAGCGAUGGAGAUUUUAGAGAAGAAGUCCACCAACAGCAACAGUAAAUACAGUUUAUGGAAGAAGUACAUUGAAGAUACCGGGAACACGAUCUGCGGGGAACGGCCCAUUGGGCUCUUUCUCUGUGCGAUGGAGUCCGUGAACAAGAGCACUGCGUUCCAGUGGGCGCAUUACUCGCAGAGCAGCAAGUGCACGAGCCCCAACGACAGCAGCGUGAGCUAUGCGGCUGGGUAUUUCUAG